AUGGCGCUACGACUUUUCACCCGUACUUGGAUUACCAUUUCGAAGGCAUUCAUUUCAAACAGUGCUUCAAGAGGCUGGACUUCCGGCAUCGAGCAUUCUGACGCGCUCUCUAAGCUAGGGAAGACGCAUAAGAUUGCUGCUUCGAAGUACAAAUGUCAAGAAUAUUAUAAUUACAACGAAUGGAGCUUCUAUGACUUGGAAAUGGAUUUGACGAAGUAUCGUCUUCCACAGCCGAAUCCGAAGAUUCCCGACUCGCCGCGAGACACGAGUCCGAGUCCAACACAAAGUAAAUAA